GCCGCCCGUGAGUCUCUCUGCGCUUUAACUUGCGGUGCUGUACCAACACCAGAACGCGAGCUGAGCUGUUAAAUCAACGCCGCUGCUGGUCUGUGUGGUGAAACUUUCACGUCGUUUCUCUCUAUAUGAUGUUCUGAAAAGGCGUUGUAUUCUAUUCAUUCAAACUUCGAAUAGUUCACGGUGAGACUAGAACGGAGGAACAUAAUACUGUAGGUGCAGCACUACUAUUUAAAGUGGCGCCGAUGACGCCAAUCGUGAAUAUUGUUCUACUCAAUUAACGGAAUAUCCUUACCCCUACCCAUAACUCCGCGCAAUCAGUCUUUCUGCACCUGCGUGUGAUGAACCUGGAGCGGCCGGGGGGUGUCCGGGGCCUGGAUAUGGAUCAGCGGACGGGGGGGAAGCUGGGGAAACUGACCCUGGGCUUCCAGAGGAGCUCUACGUCAGACGACGACUCAGGUUGUGCCCUUGAGGAAUACGCCUGGGUACCGCCUGGACUCAGACCUGAACAGGUACAGCAGUAUUUCUCCUGUCUUCCAGAGGACAAGGUCCCCUACGUCAACAGUCCUGGAGAGAAACACAGGAUCAGACAGCUGCUCUACCAGCUGCCGCCUCAUGACAAUGAGGUACGGUACUGCCACUCUCUCAGUGAGGAGGAGAAGAGGGAGCUCCACAUGUUCAGUGUCCAGAGAAAGAGAGAGGCUCUGGGGAGAGGAACCCCCAGGAUGCUCCCCCGAGCCCUGCAACACACCCUCUGUGAACAUUGUGGUGAGGGCAUUAGUGGAGGAGAGAUGGCCAUCUUUGCAUCGCGCGCAGGUCCGGGACCGUGCUGGCACCCAGCAUGCUUUGCGUGCUCCACGUGUCAGGAGCUGCUGGUAGACCUUAUCUACUUCCACCAGGAUGGAAAGAUCCACUGUGGACGACACCACGCUGAGCUGCUGAAACCACGAUGCUCAGCCUGCGAUGAGAUAAUUUUUUCAGAUGAGUGCACGGAGGCCGAGGGGCGUCACUGGCACAUGAAGCACUUUGCCUGUUUCGAGUGUGAGACGGUGCUCGGCGGUCAGCGAUACAUCAUGAAAGAUGGCCGCCCCUACUGCUGCGGCUGCUUCGAGUCUCUGUACGCGGAGUACUGUGAAGCCUGCGGGGAGAAUAUAGGAGUGGACCAUGCCCAGAUGACCUACGAGGGUGUCCACUGGCACGCUACAGACACGUGUUUCUGCUGUGCCCAGUGUAAGAGCUCCCUGCUGGGCUGUCCCUUCCUUCCCAAGCAGGGCCGUAUCUACUGCUCCAAGGCCUGCAGCCUGGGAGAGGAUGUCUACGCCUCAGACUCCUCCGACUCGGUCUUCCAGUCCGCCGGCUCUCGUGAAUCCCGCCAGAGUCACAUGGGCAAACGCAGCCACCCGGUGGCUGAACAGUGGAGGCAGUCCCAGCUCUUCAGCCCGGUUGCAGUGGCUGACUAUAACAAGACUUCUAGUCUAUAUGGAGACAGAGGGGACAGAGAAAUGGAUAUUGUGGGUCAAAAGCUGUCCCACAUGGGCUUCACUGAGGAGCACACCUGGAGGGACCGAGAGGACGCUCCAGAGGAUCCAGAGGAGUGGGCCGAACACGAGGACUACAUGACACAGCUCCUGCUCAAGUUCGGGGACCGCGCCGGGUUCUUCCAGACGCAGCCUUCAGAGGAACCCGGCACCAGUAGGUCAGCCGAACCCUGGCUGAAGCCUGAGACUAAACCAGCCUCCAUCUCCACCACCACCAGUCCCACGAACCAGAGCCACAGUCAUCUGCCUGAGAUGUACUGGGCCCAGUCCCAGGAUGGGCUGGUCAGUAAGAAGCACCUGCCUGAGAUGUACUGGGCACAGUCCCAAGACGGGCUUGGGGAUUCGGCUUACGGAAGCCAUCCGGGCCCUGCUAGUGCCAGAAAGAUCCAUGAUCUGGAGCUGGACCAGGGGCUGAUGGACCAGAAGGUUAGCGCUGGGGGAGCAGGGUUAUGGAUGCUGGACCCCAGGGAGUGGUGCGAAGACUCUCUGGAGUGUAUCACAGACGAGCUGAGGAAGACUGAGCAUAGUGUCGGAGACUCCAUGGACUCUCUAGCCCUCUCUAACAUCACUGGUGCGUCAGCGGAUGGAGACAGUAAGGAGGGUCAGAUCCUCUACUCUCUCCACAACCUGCUGGACCCAGAAGACUGUGAGAAGAUGAGCAUCAUGGGCACCCUCAACUCAUCCAUGCUCCACCGCAGCACCAACUCUCUGGAUCAUCAGGAGGGGGCAGCAGACCAGGAGGAAGAGGAGGUGCGGAGGGGGGCACAGAGGGUACAGGGGCCGGUGUCUUUGCCCCUCCCACCCCUCCCUCCUAAACAGGAGGUUCCACCACCUCACCUUCAGCUGCCAGUGUUGAGGAGGAGCAGGUCCCAGUCCACACGGCCACCUGGCCAGCAGAUGGUCAAGUUCUCUGAGGACACGGUAGAUAACGGGUCUUGCCAGAACCUGGCGGUGCGUCAGCCUCCUCAGAGUGAGAGGACGCGUCGGAGGGUGUACCACCACGAGGACCCCGAAAGGCCACACCGGCACCAUCACGGCCGCCACCACAACCGUAGAACCCGCUCAGACAACGCUCUUAACCUCCUGCCUAAGGAACGGGUGCAGAGGCCCUACGAGGGACAUGGUCUGAGUUCCCUUCAGGAACAUCACGCGGCCCUCUUCAACCAACCUGGCCCUGGUGCUCACAGGCCACCAACCUAUCCCCACACCACUUCAGACUACUCCCUCCAGGCUCGGGGUGACCGGGAUCGCGACCGCUUCCUAGGUGGCCUGUACGCUGACGAGGAAGACUGGUGCUCCACCUGCUCCUCCUCUUCCUCAGACUCUGAGGAGGAAGGUUACUUCCUGGGGCAGCUCAUUCCCCAGCCCAGGGUUCCUAGCAGGUAUCAAUACUACACUGAGGACUUCCCAACACGCGUUACGGCCAUGUCGCCCAACGACUCACGGACUAAAUCCAGAAAGAAGGGUCACAGAGGCAAGAACUGCAUAAUUUCAUAAUCUAUCUGUUUUACUUCCAGCACUAAUCAUUUGUGGACAGGUGAGACCAGUUCUUUGUAGUUGGACUUGCUGGACAAAACAUUGUCCAUAUUAUUGGACUUCUUAUUAUGGGUCAUGUCUAAAACUCAAACCAUGCCAGAAGACCUAAAAAAAAAAAGACUACAUUUUCUCCUUUUCUUUUUAUAAAAUUCAUCAAAAAAACACUUUUUUUUUUACAUUGUAUGAUAAACCAUUGAAAGUAUUCCAGCAAUACCAUUGUGUGCAUUAAAUGGCAAUUAAUGCACUAUUGUUAUUGCUGACAGGGAAAGGAAUAGUUAGUAAAGUAGACGUCUAGGGACUAACCAACAUAAUUAUUUAAUAGUACAAAAUAUGAAUGUGUAUAUUAAGUUAAAAUGUUAAUACUGGUAUUUUUAUAUCCCUGAGUUUUAACUAAGAUUUUUUUCUGGUUUUGAUGUAAACAAAGUUGGCGUAGGGAGGCGGGGCAAGCUGUUGUCGUAGAAACAAGCAGAGCUAUUUUGCACGCAUCACUUGUCAACCAAUCAAGGCUUCACAAAAAACAAACCAACUAUUGCCAGAAUACAAACCAUAUGCUUACUCAAAUCAAAAUGCCAUAAUAUCUGGUUUCUGGCAACAAUUUACAUGAAGUUGCUCUUAAACCUCUCAACUUCAAAGUGAUACCCUGAGUCUUCGCUGUAUUCCAAUGUUAAUUCUCUAACACGCUUGUCCCUCAGGGUGUAAAAUACAACAUAAAACCAACCUGUCCAGAUUCAGUUACAUUACAGAGCUCUUCUCCAUACAUGCCCUUUAUACAGCGCAAGUCAUUGUACCAUGAAUACUUAACUGUUAUGUGAUGUAAAGAAGCUUUUAAUAAAUAUUCUUACCAAAUGUUUCA